AAACAUGGGUGGUCUUCAAGGUUCAGGAGUCUGGACAAGAUUUUCUUAAAUUAGCAUCCAGACUAAACCCCGGAUGAUCAUCGAAAGCACAGGCACCUGACUUUCCUAAACGCAUCAUAAAUCGAACUUUUAUUCUUCUAAUGGUAGAAUCAAAGCAUCGGAGCCUGAGAUAUAAGAGACCAUGGGUCUCCUUCCCGCGCCACUAAGCCUAAUGAACACUAGUUUGCUCUUUUUAACCCCUUGCCUACAGAAGAGAUUACAACAGAGCAAAUCUGUCUGUUUCUAUCUAAGUGCAAUCAACGGUUUCCUUGCAAGUUGGUUGCUUGAUAUUGGCCUUUCCGAUGCUAAGUCGGAAAAGAACUUGCAUUCGGGCGAUGUUUCGGUCUCAUUGCUGAACUCGGCACAGCAGGAACGGCUCCCUGGGUUUCUUGCCAUUGUCAUGCCUCACUCGGUUAAAAAUGACAAGCGACUACUACUUGAUGCUCUAAUUCUGUAUUUCAAUGUCGUAUUACAUCGAAAUCAUGAGUUCUGCGGUCUCUCCCUACCGUUUCCGAAUAAAGCGACGCGGGUUCUAGUCAUAUGCCAUAAAGAUGUACAGAGCAUGUAGAUAUAGUGUACUUAAUGGAUAAACACUCCAUACACUAACUAGGAUAUAAACAUUACUUUGAAAUUUCGCCGAAACCUUUACACAAUGAAUUGAUGAUGAGGACGCUGUUCCAAGCGAGGAAGCAAAAUUCUAGACCCCGAGUAAGAUACGGAGCGGGGUCAGAACUCUUGAGAAGGGAUGCACGAUUCAUUCACCAAAUGACGUCCAUAU